AUGAGCCUGGAACGGGGACAACCAGUGUUCAAGUCCUUUCUCUGCUAUGGGAAUCUUCAAGAAUCCCCUCAGUGCCCACGCUGGCAUGGGGUCGUUCUGAAGGUCGGGUGCGCCGGGGUCAUCGUCCUGCUGGUGAUGGUAGCCGUGCUGAGUGCUUGGGUUUUUCAGGGCUUCUCAAAUAAAGCGGAGGAAGGAUCAGCCUUGAAGAGCGAUGGUGUCACUCAGAGAACCGGAAGUGGAGGAGAACGCAACGCCAGCCUGGAGGACUUAUUUUCUCGUCUAAAGCAGAGUCUGUGCGAUCCGGCCGAGAUAAGCUCAGCAGAUGGCUCCGGGUGCAAAGUCUGCCCCCGGGACUGGCUGCCCCACAGGGACAAAUGCUAUUGGGUCUCUAAAGAGAGUAAGUUCUGGAGUGAGAGCUUUAAAGACUGUGAAAUGAGGACGUCUCAAAUGCUGGUGAUCCAGGACAGGGAGGAGAUGGAGUUGAUACAGAACAUUACUCAAGGGACGAGCCUUGUUUGGAUUGGACUCACCAUUAAAUCACCAGAGAAGAAAUGGACCUGGGUGGACACUUCCCCAUUAGAUCAAAGUCUGUUCCCAGUAACUGGCUCUGCUGAAGGAAACAGCUGUGGGAUGAUCAGAAGGAAUCGGAUUAAUUCUGAAUCUUGCAACACUGAAUUCAAGUGGAUUUGUCAGAUGGGAGCCAUCCUGCUAUAAACCUGGUGGUCCGUUCUUGGAAAAAAUGAAAGCUUUGUAUUUUAGUCUAUGGGCAGUGAUGAGUUUUAUGAGUUGGAGUUAUACAUUUGAGAGAGAGAAGGUGGGUGAGGUAAUAUCUUUUACUGGACCAAUUUCUGUUGGUGAAAGGUCUUCUUCAUCCUCAAUGAAAAUUUUGGUGAAAUUAAUCUGUUCCAGCAAAACAUUUUAAAUUUUGUCAAAUCAGCAUUUUCUGGGGGAAAACUCCAGUGAGUGGUAGACUAAGAGGUUACUCCAGGAAAAGCAACCAGGGAGUCAAUGCUCUGUAACAGAGCAAAGACGCACCUAAAGGUAGGCCAAAGGGGACUGAGAACUGAGCCCAGAAGGUGGGCUAAAGAGGAGCCCAAAAGGAGCAGAAGAACCUUUCGUUGGCUUGAACUUUUGUUACUCAGGAAGGGGUUAAAUUUGUGUAGUGACUUCGCUGCAAGACGGAAUGAAAUUGCCAACAGAGACCCCGUGCAGAAGGCCAAGACGACUUGCCUCAGAGGUGGAAACUGACUCUGAGGCAGGGUUCAC